CAGCUAGCCCGGUGCUCGCCUCGCCCUCGGCCGUUAGCAGCGCUGUUUCCUCCCUACGUCUCGGGAAGAAACCGCGGGGGGAAAGGCGCAGUGCAGCCUAGUGGAGGUGGAGUCUGUCGGUGGGGAGGGAGAAGAAAGGGGAGAGGAGGAAAACGGCAAGAAGGCAGAUAUAUAACAGAAAAGGGGGGAGGACGGUGGAUGAUUUACGCUUUAAGAAUAGCAUCACAGCCAAUUAAAAAGUUGCUCAGAAGAGGAUUUGAACAAGAUGAUAGCGCCUUACUUCCUAGAAAAUUUCUGGGGAGAAAAAAACAAUGGCUUCGAUGUGUUGUAUCAUAAUAUGAAGCAUGGGCAAAUUUCCACCAAGGAGCUGUCAGACUUCAUUAGAGAAAGGAGUACCAUAGAAGAGUCCUACGCUCGGUCGAUGACCAAACUUGCCAAAUCAGCUGGAAACUUCUCUCAGCUUGGGACAUUUGCUCCAAUGUGGGACAUAUUCAAGAGUUCAACAGAGAAGCUUGCUGGUUGUCACUUAGAGCUGGUGAAGAAACUACAAGAACUUAUAAAAGAAGUACAGAAGUAUGUGGAAGAGCAGGCCAAAGCACACAAGAAGACGAAAGAGGAAGUAGCACCAACCCUGGAAGCCGUCCAGAACAUACAGUCCAUCUCCCAGGCACUCCAGAAGUCUAAGGAGAUCUACAAUGCCAAAACGGUGGAGCAGGAGCGCCUCCGCAAAGAGGGGGCCACCCAGAGAGAUGUGGACAAGGCUGGAGUGAAAGCCAAAAAAGCCACGGAGACCUACAAGUCCUACGUGGAGAAAUACGCCACAGCCAAGUCUGAGUUUGAACAGAAGAUGGCAGAAACUGCGCAGAAAUUCCAAGACAUAGAAGAAAACCACGUCCUCCAAAUGAAAGAGAUCAUUCGGUCGUACUCGCAGUCGGUGGAGGAAACGCACAUUCAGAUAGGGGAGGUCCACAGCGAGUUUGUGAGAAACAUCGAGAACACGUCGCUGGAGAGUUUAAUACAGAAAUUGGCCGAGAGCAAAGGAACGGGCAAAGAGGGGCCAGGACCCAUUGACUUUGAGGAGUGCAACACAGCCAUUGCAACAGAAGGUGCCAAACCCAGAAAGCGAAAACCGUUUGGCAUUCCAGGCCGCAGGAAAGAUAAAGACACGGACUCCACGGAGUCCACAGAGGUUGAAGCUAACACUGCCAACGGUGCUCCCCCAGGAUAUUAUGGCUCUAUAGACAUCCAGAAUGCUAAUGUGCCUCGGGUUGAUGCAGAGGGCUUCUGCAUCAGACCAGAAGUGAACGAAAACGAUGCCAAAGACAAUUCCUUCUACUCCUCCAGUGAGUCGGAGGACGAAGAAGAGCCCAAGAAGUUUCACGUGCAGAUCAAACCUGUUCAGCCGAACAACGGCAUCCAUCAGAACCGAGCCAACAUCGACGAGCUCAAGGCGUCCAUCGGAAACAUCAUCCUGUCACCGUCCACCUCGGGACAGAUGCGGAGGAACGCGUCCAGUGAUGAACUAGCAAAAUCUAGAGCGCCGUACGAACUGACGAACAACGACCUCCUGUCUCUGGAUCCGUUGAGCCCCGCUUUGCCAGUCGGAUCCUCCUCCUCUGUGUCGUCAGCAGCAGACUUGGCUUCUGUCCUCCUUUCAAUCCCUCCAUCUCCACCUUUUGUGAUGAGUGACUCUGACGUCUUUCUGCCUGAGGCACCAGUCGACUCAGCGCCACAGAGCAGCUGCUGUGCUCCUUUGGCAGAACGCCAGCAAUCGAGAGAUAUCUCUUUCUCCUCGUCCACAUCCUCUCCGUGGGAUUCACCUGAAAACCCACUCCAACCUCUCAAGCCUGCCAUGGCGAGAGCCCAGAGCGCCCCCAUCACCCAGCCUACCGAGCCAGUUGACCCCGUCCAAAGCAUGGCUGCUGCCGGCCCUCCGAAGAGCGAGGAGGGCGUCUCCUGGUCACAGAGCCAGUGGAUUGCUUUUGGUGAUAACUUUGCCCCGCCUUGCCGUCGUGGCUCGGGUUCAUCCGUGUUGGAGCUCCAGAGGGUUCAGGCAGGCAUCAGCAGGUCAAGCCGCUUCCUGUCAGAAGACUCUGCAGACGUCUACAGCAGAGCGACGAGGUGCAGCGAGGACAGCAGCCUCAGUUUCACCGAUGUCUUCGCUGAUAAGGCUACAGCUCCAUCCAACAAAAUGUUCACUGGUAACAAUGAUCCUGGCUCUCAAGACGCGUGUUAUGCUCGAGGGUUGCCAUUACCGAACAGACCCACGACCCCCCUGGCAGCUGGAGCCCUUGUUCCUCCACCACGACCCUCCUCCAGGCCCAAAGUUCCCACCGGAAAACUCACAGGGAUCAAUGAAAUUGUACGACCAUUCAGCCCACAGAAAGCAACUAACGCCAGCCCUCCUCCAACUGCACCACUCGCCCGGGCUGAGAGUUCCUCCUCUUUGUCUUCAAAUGCGUCACUCAGCGCCGGCAACACUCCCACCGUUGGACCUGAACACACUUUUGCUUCCCACUUUUGCUUCCUAGAGCCAGAGCUCUUCACCUUCCAACCUCCUUUCCUUCUAGGCCCGAAGGAUGACGUGUUCAUAGCGAAGCUGCCCACCUUUGAGAAGCUGUGUGAAACACCAGCAGGAACGUCUCGCGGUCCCAGCCCUGUGACCUUGGCAUCCCAGGAUGCUUUGCCCAUUGCCGUUGCCUUCACAGAGUCGGUUAAUGCAUACUUCAAAGGAGCCGAUCCCACUAAGUGCAUUGUGAAGAUCACAGGAGACAUGACGUUGUCGUUCCCUAUGGGCAUCAUCAAGGUGUUCACCACCAACCCGUCUCCAGCCACCCUGACCUUCAAACUGAAGAACACCAGCAGGCUGGAGCAGAUCUUACCCAACCAGCAGCUUUUAUUCAGUGAUUCAUCCCAAAGCGACUCAAACUCCAAGGACUUCUGGUUCAACAUGCAAGCUCUGACGUCCUACCUCAGAAAAGCCUCUGAACAGAAUCCUUCAGCUUCCUACUAUAACGUAGACAUCCUCAAAUACCAGGUGCAGUCUGAUGGGAUCCACUCAACUCCCCUCAACCUGGCUGUUUACUGGAAGUGUUUAUCAAGUACCACAGAGCUGCGGGUGGACUACAGCUACAACCCCGAGUCCAUGGCCUCACCCGGCCCACUCUCCAACGUGCAGGUGCUAGUGCACGUCGACGGAGGAGUCACCAACAUGCACUCUCUGCCUAACUCCAUAUGGAAUUUGGAGCAGAAUAAGUGUCUCUGGAAACUGAGCGACAUCUCGGAAAAAUCUGAAAAUGAAGGUGCUGGCUCGCUGAGGGCCAAGUUCGACGUCUCAGACGGCCCGUCGAGCCCGUCCACGCUGGCGGUGCAGUUCAUGAAUGAUGGCAGCACCUUGUCGGGAGUGGACAUGGAGCUGCAGGGAUCCGGAUACAGACUUUCUCUCAACAAGAAGCGAUUUGCUACAGGACGCUACAUGGCAGACUGCUGAGGUGAUCCACCCCCAUUAUUUCCCAUCAAAGAAAAAAUCCCGCUCGGCACAAAGCUUUGGAAACGCCGCGAAGCCUCCGGGAUCCAUCGGAGCCACCGUCUGCCUCGGUUUGACCCAGGGAGUAGCACGGCUCUCACUACAGUAACACAGCACUGAGUUCUGAACACUGUUAAAAAAUAAAACUAAGAUGAGCUUUCAGAGAAAAAAAUAAGUGUAGAUAUGAAGUCUUAUGAUGCUUUCUGAUCAAUUCAUCGUUGUACAGUCAGAGAUUAUUGAUUAGCCAUAAAUUUAUAUUGUAUUUGAAAUCAUAAAAAAGAAGAAAAAAAUGCACUAACACCUUUCAGAAGCUCUUUUUCUCUCGUGUUUAUGUCUAACAGCCUAAGCAGAAUACAAAGCCGUCUCUGGGUGGACAAAAAGAAAAUCUAUCUACUUUCUUUCCUCUAAACUGUAAAAGGAUGUCAGAAUCUUCUGUUUAAUCGGCUCCGACUCAACUCGUGAAUCAGCCUCCUUUAUGGUUGUUUGUCUUUUUGUGAUCUGGGAAGCAAUGAAAGUAGAAUCCGUCUUUAACGCUGCUCUCACACUCACGGCACAAGCUCCAUCUUGUUAAAGCGCUCGUAAAAAUACAAAAAAGCUGACCUGAGUGCCUCCUCUUGUAACUGUGGAACAAACUCCAAAAGGAAAGUUUAGAAAUGCAGAAACCGUGCUUUCAGACUGGAGUCCUCUCACCCAUCACCUCUAGUGGGGCUCACAGUGCUUUCAUAGGUUACUUCUACCGUUCUGACUUUUUAACCAAAACUUUGAAUGUAAAACAUUUUGUCAAAAAUACUGCAAGAAGAAGAAAUGGAGGCAUCACGACAAGAUCACUUGUAUUUCCGUGCGAUGUUGAUGAGAAACGUGCCUAAAUUUGAUCUUUUCUCUGUUUUUUAAAACUUGUAUCCAGCUGCACAGUUAACAGGACGAGCACCUACCGUUGUCCGAUUUUACUCCCAUUUAGACGUUAAAGGGAAAAUGUCUGUCUUCCAGAAACAAAUGAGUCUUCUUUGCAUUUAUUUUUAUUUUUUGACCGAGUUCCUUGUUUUUUUAUUUUGUUUGAUGUCUGUCAUUUUCCUGCUGUCACCAUGUUUCAGGCGGUGUUACAGUUUCACCGUAAGGCCAAAUUACUGAUUCAAAUGCCUUAUUGUGGCUCCUCAGCACUGAGUAAUCCAGUGUUGACUUUGGAGGGCUUUUACUCACCUGUCCUGCCUCUCACCCAGUGCAUUCUGGGACAGCCUUCACACUUUCAGCAACAAAAAAGCAGCUAAAGUAGCCAUGUUUGACUCUUGGUGCUUUGAUAUUCUCGUUUCUAAUCAAGGGCUCCUGAUUCAGAGGCUGUUUUUUUUUUACUAUUGUGGGAAAUUUUUAUUCCAUUGAUUAAAUUCAUGUGAUCGUCUUGAAUUUGGUUGAUUAGUAAAGUUUUUGUACGUUCUGGCCUAAUAAUGUCCCAGAUUAAAAAGGUUUGUGUUCAUUAGGCCAAUUUUAUGUCCUCGUAGCUAAAUAACAAAAUAUCAGGACAUUUUAGUUCUAACUGAUUUAUGUGUAAUUUAAAUUUUGCCAGCUGUCUAAAUUUUAAGCUAGAAGAAAUAUGUUUUUAAUAUUUGAUGUGAUUCCCUUUUAUAAAAAAACCUUUAUAUUAUUUUAUCAGCAAACACCUAAAGUCCUAAAAGGAAACAGUCUUUGAUUUUAUUAAUUGUAUUUCUGUUUUUCUGAAAUUUUUAAGAUAGUUGAUAAAGUUUUUUCAAGAAAUUCAGAAUUUGUAGUUUGUGUGCAUUAAAACAUCAGCUAACCUGUAGCUUUUUAUUUUCUGUAAAUUAUUUGUUUGUUUUUUUCCAUCAAACAAAGCAUCAGAUGUGUAGAAAUGAGGACACAGGUCCUGUGACUGUAUUCCAUUGUAGCAAGCUGGUUCUUGCUGUGCCUAAAAAAAAACAACUUUCGAAACUAUUUUUUAAAAGGGUUCCUGCAGCCAUCCUCCCCUUUCUACCUUUUCUAUCCCGGGUUUAAACAGUGUAACAUUCUGUAAAUGAUUCUCACAUUUUUACCAAUAUUUCUGCCAUUUCUGUCUAUUUUAUGAUUUCUAAUUGUGUCUGUAUUAAAUAUGUAAUAUAUGAAUAUAUACAAAUAUAUGAACAACAACUUAAA